AUGUGCAAGCAUAUUCUCAACGCCCAAGUCGCCGUCCGAUCGCCUUGCUGCAAGAAAUGGUUUGACUGCGUCGAGUGCCACACCGAGCAGGAAUCCCACCCUCUCAUGCAGACCUUCGAGAUGACCUUUGCCUGCAAAAAGUGCAAGAAGUGCUUCCGAAAGGACGCCACCGAGUUCGAGGAGGCCGACGAAUACUGCCCCCACUGCGAUAACCACUUCAUCAUCGACGCCAAGACCCCCAAGGCUGCCCUGUCCAUCGAGAGCGACGAUGUCCGAAUGAACAGCAAGAUGCUCAAGGACGACAGGAAGAGGCAGGGAGGUUUGAGAUCCAUCUUCGACCCGAACGAGGAUGCUGACAAGUUGGGAUGA